AUGGUUAGUUCAGCACCAUCCAAACCAAGAAUUUCAAGUCCAAACGAUAAUAAAACAAAACAAAUAAUCUAUCCAUUUUGGUUGGGAGGUGCAGCUUCAUGUGUAGCAUGUACUGUCAGCCAUCCAUUAGAUCUUACCAAAGUACGUCUUCAAACAACCAUAGGUGCUAACAAAGCAUCAUCACUUAAAACAAUGGUUCAUAUUGUAAAAACGGAAGGUUGGAGGGGAUUGUAUAGUGGACUCUCUGCAAGUUUGUUGAGACAAGGAACAUACUCUACAAUGAGAUUUGGUACUUAUGAUAAAUUGAAAUUAUUUUUAUCAAAGGAAGGUGAACCUCUUUCCCUUAUAAAGAAAAUAACUUGUGCAUCUAUAUCAGGAUGUAUAGGUGGAGCUUUUGGUAAUCCUGCAGAUAUUGUGAUGGUUCGUAUGCAGAAUGAUGCUAAAUUACCACCAAGUGAAAUGCGUCAUUACAAACAUGCGUUAGAUGGUUUGAUACGUAUUAUAAAAGAGGAGGGAUUUUCAGGUCUUACCAGAGGUAUUGGACCAAAUACGAAUCGUGCCAUAUUGAUGAAUUCAUCUCAAUUGGUUUCUUACGAUCAAUUUAAACAGAUGUUAUUGAAAACUCGUAUUUUUAAAGAUAACAUCAUCACUCAUUUCUGUUGUAGUCUGUUUGCCGGGUUGGUUGCUACAACUAUUUGUUCACCAGUAGAUGUUAUUAAAACGCGUGUGAUGAAUUCAGCAUCAAAAUCUAAGAAUCUUGUUAGCAUCUUAGGAGUAAUCAUUCGUGAAGAAGGACCUUUUGCGUUAUUUAAAGGCUGGGUACCGUCAUUUGUACGUCUAGGACCUCAUACUGUUGUAACAUUUAUGGUUCUAGAACAAUUCAGGACAUUAUACAACAAACAAUUGGCAUUAAGAAUGAAACCUGUGACGGCUUAA